AAUGCUGAAAUGGACCUGGCCAAUAAGGAUUCAGUUUUAGAUGGAGAACUUUAGGCCACAAAUCUCGGCACCAAAACAUUCUCAGCCACAAACUCAUAAAAAGUCUCUAUCUUUCUUCCUUUUUGCUUGCUCACAACUGUCUCUCAGAAGAUUAGCACAAAAUGGUACUUCAACUCGCUAUAUAUUAAGCCUUUCUUAAAACUGUUUAUCAAAUGAAACUUGUCACUUGAUCACUCAAAACCACACCCUUCAGAACCGAAAAUUUUCUGUGAACCCCGCAAACCUCUUGCCAAGUUUUGUUUUGUUUUGUUUGUCACUCAAAAUUCUGUGAACCCUACUAAACUUCUUACCAAGUUUUUGUUUUGUUUGUCACUGAGUACUGUAAUCUCCAACUGGGUUGGUUUGUUUUCAUCAAUCAGAAGUCUGAUUCUCUCGCUUCAUAAGCCAUAGAAAGACUAUUUGGCAUGGAUUUGUACUAUGGAUGUGAAAAUGGUGAAUAUUUUUUACCAAAAGAUCAAGAAGAUUUACUGGAAAGGUAUUCUUCAGCAGGGUGUUGGUCAGAAUGGGGAAUAAAAGCACCUGAAUGCCUUAAUUCAACUGAGGAGUAUUUGACCAAGAACACAGAAGAGACAGAGGUAGAAUUCAAUUUCAUUGAUAAAAGUUUCAAAGAUGAAAUUGAGUUUGACCCUUAUCUACAAGACAAAGAUCAAUCUAGCAGCUCAAGUGUGUGUGGAGGAUUGUCUGAGCAAUUUCAACAAACAGCACUCUCGUGUGAUCGUCAGUCCAAAUACGAGCUUCAAGACCUAUCGACUUUCGAACAUGUGGAUGACUUUUUCUUGUACAAGCAACUCUAUAAGAAUGAACCUGUUAUAGCAUGGGAUUCUGUACUUGAAGAUUUUACCUGUGUUGAAAACCUUCACAAAUCUUUCCUUUAUCCUGAGAACCCAAGCAGCAACACCAACGAUGCAGUGCACAAAGAUGUUGCAGCUUCAGGGUUUGUUUCUUGCAACUCUGACUCUAAGGAUUGCCUGGAUAUAGAGGUAAUAAUUACCUUACCUUCUGUUAGUACUUGAAUAUGUUGUUUCCGAAUCAUGAAAUUUGUAGUCAGUGAAGAAGUUUGUAAUCAUAUCAAAUUGGUCAUUAUGUGCUGUGAACCUAAUUGUUUGCAGUAACAUGUAUGCAUGCACAACUAUAAUUUGUAUGGACAAAACUUUGGAUACAGUUUCAAGUGUUAGUGGCCUUGUUCUCUAAUCGAACCGAAGUCCACCUAUGGCAAGUCUGCAUAAUCCUUUAAUUCUUAUUUUUACUACACUAAUAUUGAGGUGAAACUCUAUUUCUGAUUUGAGAAAGUACCAGCAGAGUUUAGGAAGUGUAUCUAAAUUUCGAACAAUGUUAACUUCUGUAUUGUGGAGACACUUUUAUGUUUACAAACUUUGCUGUGCUUAAGUAUUUCUUCUCAAUUUUUACUCUACCGCGAAGACCAUGUUAUCCAACAAUUUCUUUUGUUUAACCUUAGGAUUUGACAUCAUGAAAGGCAGAAAAAGAGAAGUACUAUACCUUAUGUGUACUAGUAUUUCUUGUUUGUGUAGUAUUUUGUGGAGUAUAAAGUAGGCAUGAUUGGACAUGUCAUUUAAACUAACAAACUAAUUUGCAUACAAAUUCUUAUUGCAAUGUAAUUUUUUUUUUCUCUUACAAGCACGUACGAUCAAAUCUUGACCUUUUGAGCCAGUCUUCUAAUGGACAAGAUCAUGCCUGAGAAGUUAUCCUUGGGAAUGGUACCUCUGGGCUUUGAGAUGUUAGUUUGCACAGUUUUUGACUGAGACGAGUUCCUGGCAUGAACAGAAUCAAUAAUAUAGAAUGCUACUACACACUAUUUUUCUUUUUUUCAACAACUCUAUCAUUGCUUGAAGUCUUAUUCCCAAACUAAUAAUUCGAAUCUCUCACUCACCCCUAAUCUAGUGAUACUCGUGGAUUUCACUAAAUAACAAAUAGUGUGAUGAAAAAAAGUGUAUUACUAGCAUUUAUCAUGCAAUGAUACUUGUUGGUAACUUUUUCUCCCUAUCAAUCAUGAUUAGUUCACAGAAAAGACUCGCAUCUGCUUCCGAGAUGCCCUGUUUCGCCUUGCCAAAAAUACAAACAGCAUGCAG